CCUCCCUCCCUUACUACUGGCGGCUGGAGCUAGGGGAGCCGGUGCCACACGGGAGCCCGGCACCGAGCGGAGCAGCCUCGUCGGCUCUGCUCCCAUUCGCGUCCCCCCCUUCCCCUCGGCCUCCGCCCCUCCCGCACUAGCCCGGACCCCACCCCCUUGGUUCCGACCCGGCGGGGCUGCGAGCCGAACCACUGGCGCCCGGUUCGGUUCGGGCGGUGCCGGUUCCGGUCCCGGUCCCGGCCCUGGAGCAAGGGGACGGGGCGGGGAUGCUGCUCUCCAAGAUCAACUCGCUGGCCCACCUGUGCUCUGGGUCCGGCGGGGAGCUGCACCCGGCCAAGCUACAGCCAGGGAAGGACAAGGAGCCCCUGGAGAAGCUCUACCAGGUGGGCCCACUGCUGGGCAGUGGUGGCUUUGGUUCUGUCUACUCGGGCACCCGCCUGUCAGACGGCGCCCCGGUGAGUAGAGCCUGGACAGUGACCCCCACCCCCACCCCUGCAGCCCGCUCCCCAUGCAUGCUGCUCUAUUGAUCUCCACCUUUGCAUCCCUUACCCAGUUACAUCUCCUUUGCUUUGCCCUGGCAUAACCACCAUCUUGCAUCCCUUCCAUUGGUCCCUUGUUUGCCUCCCCUCUUUCUGGGGUUGCCUGACCUGAUUCUGAUUGUCUGUCUGGUUCUGUUUG